UAAGACCUAUUGUUUUCACCAGACUAAUAAAGAAAUUUGCCAGCUUUUAUUCAUUGAGAAUUGAGAUAGUGUUCUGAAGAGAGUUGGCAGGGAUCUUGAGCAUGGAUAAAAACAGUGAAAAAGUUGAUGGGAAUGGAGUGAUUGACGUAAAUAAUGAGAUGGAAAAUAGCGCAUCAGAUGAGACGAAAGAUGCCUGGAAUAUGACCCAUCGUGAACGCUUUCUCGGGUCAAACCUUAAUCGUGGAUUACAAAUGGACGAGCCGUUGACGUCGAAAGUGGUAGAAAUACAACUAAAAAGCCCUGAUGAUGAAAAUACUCCAGCUAUUCCUGACGGCAAAAAGCUUCCAGUCAAUGAUAGUAACGGCGAGGAGCGGGAAUCCUGGUCGACCAAGAUGGAUUUCAUGUUAUCGAUAAUAGGUUUCUGUGUUGGUCUUGGUAAUGUUUGGCGCUUCCCGUAUCUAUGUUAUUCAAAUGGAGGAGCGACAUUUCUGAUUCCAUAUUUCCUGAUGUUGGCUUUCUGUGGCAUCCCAAUGAUGCUGGUCGAGUUCAGCUUGGGACAAUAUUUGAGUCUUGCUCCACCGUCAACAUUCGCUGCCAUAUGUCGCUUUGGAAGAGGCGUUGGCAUGGCAAUGAUGAUGAUAUCGUUUCUUGUCUCAACGUAUUACAACAUCAUUAUCUGUUGGUCAGUAAUUUAUCUCUUCAGUUCCUUCGCAAGCGAUGUUCCUUGGAAAGAAUGCGAUCCAGAGUGGGCCAGUGAUUCUUGCCGGACUGUGAACGAGAGAAAAGCAUUCAAUGACCUAAAGGGAAACUGUACCAAUGGAACUCGUUGGAUAAACUCAACUUAUGAGGUCAACUGUAGUACUGAUACUUCAAAAUUGGUUGCUUCAUCUCUGGAGUAUUACAAUAAUCACGUCCUGGGCAAGACAGACAGUUUAGAAGACAUGGGAGACUUUCGUUGGAAAAUCUGCUUAUCCCUUCUCUUCUGCUGGACUGUCGUAUUUUUAUGCCUAUUCAAAGGCGUGAAGACGUCAGGAAAGGUGGUGUGGGUUACAGCCACUAUGCCUUACAUUGUUCUUUUCAUUCUGUUAAUUCGUGGAGUCACGCUGGAAGGAGCGGGGAUUGGAAUUGAGUUUUACCUCAAACCAAAAUGGGACAAGCUGUUGGAUGUUAAGGUCUGGGUGGCCGCAGCUUCACAGAUAUUCUACUCUCUUGGAGUGGGGUGGGGAACAGUCUUAGUCUACGGAAGCUACAAUAAGUUUACUAAUAACUGCGUCUUUGAUGCCAUUGUGGUUAGUUGUAUCAACUGCUUCAGCAGUUUCUUCGCUGGAUUUGUUGUGUUCAGUGUCCUUGGUUUUAUAUCAGUUCAACUCAAUGAAAAAAUAGAUAAAGUCGCGACAUCUGGUCCUGGUUUAGCAUUUAAUGUUUAUCCAGAAGCUAUAUCGCAACUUCCAGUCUCGCCAUUGUGGGCUGUUCUCUUCUUCUUAAUGUUGUUUACACUUGGUCUGGACAGUCAGUUUGGUAUUUUGGAAUGUAUUAUUGCUGGUAUUGCUGACGAAUGGGGUGGAAAAUUCAGGAAAUACAAAUCGUGGUUAACAGCAUUCCUAUGCUAUUUCUUAUUCUUCAUUGGUCUGCCUAUGUGCGCUGGGGGUGGAAUUUAUAUUCUGAAUUUACUGGAUUACCAAGCUGGAGGAAUAUCGUUAAUCGUCUUAGCUUUGACUGAAAUUUUGGUUGUUGCUUGGGGCUACGGAGCUGACCGCUUGGCAGGAAAUAUUCAAACAAUGGUUGGUAAACGACCUCCGCUAUAUUUCAUAAUAUGCUGGAAAUUUAUCACUCCUCUUCUGUUGUUGUUCAUUCUGAUUGCAACAAUUGUCCAAUGGGAGGGAAUCUCGUUAGAUGGAUACAAGUAUCCUCCUUGGGCUGAAUUUAUCGGGUGGCUGGUCGCAUUGGCAUCAAUGCUCAUUGUUCCUGCUUUUGCCAUCUACGAAGUUUAUCGUGCAAAUGGUUUGACAAUUCUUGAGAAAAUUUCCAAUUCGCUCAAGCCAAACGACGAUUUGAUUCUUGAAAAAGAACGUCGACAACUAUCCGAAACGAAAUCUGUUCCUGCCUAAGACGCAGGUCAUGCAAAGCGUCUCAUUUCUCAUGCACUGAACUUAUAAAGACAAUAGAUAAUAAGAGAUUUCAGCUUAUCAUUUAUUGUUUUAGUCCAUGCGUUCGUCGCAUGAGAAGUGCGACGCUCGUUCCUUGGCUAAAUAGACUUCACGAAAGAUGAGAUACUGUCUACAUCAGAUUUCCUGAAGCAGCAAGCCAUGAAUAAUAUGCACGUAACAUGCACCAUGUAACCAUAUAGGUUAUUCUAUUUUCGUGUAAUUUACUCCCAACUCUCAGCACAGAAGAGCCACAUCAGCUGAGCUAAAGACUAGUGUUCCUGUUAGCUCAGCCGAUGGUUCAACCACUUUGUCUACUUUAUUUGUCUUUUGUGUACAGAGUACGACAUAUUUUUCCUGAUCAGGUGCUUUUACGCACGUACGCUUCUCCAGGUUCAAAACCUGUUGUGACAAGAUCAAGUAUUUGACGUACACACGAAAAAUUAAGUGUCUCUCUGGUCAAUCAACAGCUAGGAGACUAUAAUUUCUCCACAAUUCACAACAAUUAUUGUAAAUAUAUUCUGUAUAUUUUCUACUUUCUCCUUAAAUGUUCUCCUUCAAAAGGCGGAUUAAACUUUUAUU